GUUCUUCACAUGGCAGCCAAGAAAAGGCAUCUCCCCGACAACUGCAAACGCCAACUCGCGAAAGGAAAAUAAAAAAAAACAGCACUCACUUCACACUCCCAGCCUUCCUUCCUUCCUUCCCUGAGUGAAGAAAGAGACACUGUUAUUAACUUGCCACAGAUUUCACAAAUCAUGCUCUUAGCACCACAAAAUCCAGAAAAACAUACUUAUUGACCAACCAACUUCACCACAUCUCUUUCUCUUGGCCUUCACCAAACUUUUCUGUCCUCCUCUGCCAAACCUUCUUUAAUCUUUAUUGUUUUCCCAUACUGACCUUAAUAAAUAGUCUGGGCGCAAUCCCAGCACCUCAUAUAGAAUUAGAAACCUCUUUAUCUCUAUAUCUUUCCGCACCCAAAAGUUUACAUGGUACGUUCACUGUCUUCUACUCUUUUUGUUUUCUUGUUAACGAAGACUUCUGUCAGCCUCGUUCUGGACUUUGAUCUUGGGUUAGAUUCUUGAUAGAACACUGUUUAUCCAAUACCCUUUUCCUUUAAACUCUUGAUUCUCACGUUAAAUUAGUUUAUAGUGAUUUUUUUUUUGGUCAGGUGGUAUAACUUGUAAACUCUGGAUCUGUUGUUCUAUUAUUGUUUCUAUUGCUAAAAGGGGCUGUAUUUUUUAAAGUUAGUUAGUUGCUAAAAAACCCCAAGGUAGUGGAAUUUAUUUCACUGAAUUAAUCGGUGGGGAUCUAAGAUGCGAGAGAUUUUAGUUUGCUUUUGAGUGGGAAAACAAAGAAAGGGGCGGUUUCUGGAUCUGACCCCGGAAGUUGAAUUCUGGUUUUUGAAUUUUCUUAAACGAUGCAAACAAGAGUUGGGUCGGCCGGGUCAUUGGAUGAAGUCAAGGAUCCUGUGGUUACUACUAGGACAAGUCAAUCUAAGACUUUGCCACUAAGGUUAUUACAGUUGUUUGGGUUGUUCCUUGCUCUCUGUAUCGCCUUUUCGAUCGUUAGUAUAUAUACAAUCCGGCGUUUUGGAAUUUAUAGUGUGGUUACUACAGUUAAGUCUAAUUUUGUACCGUGUGUUGAAGAACCAAAUAGUUUGAAUCGGUGGAUAAAGCCUCCAUCGAAUUUGCUUCACACGAUGAAUGAUAAAGAGUUAUUAUGGAGGGCAUCUUUCGUGCCUCGAAUAAAGAAGUAUCCAUUUAAUAGACUUCCGAAGAUUGCAUUUAUGUUCUUGACUAAGGGGCCGUUGCCGCUUUCUCCUCUUUGGGAGAGGUUCUUGAAGGGGCAUGAAGGCCUUUAUUCCAUCUAUAUUCAUUCACUGCCAUCAUACAAUGCCGAGUUUCCUCCUUCAUCAGUUUUUUACGGGAGGCAAAUCCCAAGUCAGGUCUCUGAGUGGGGAAGGAUGAGUAUGUGUGAUGCUGAGAGAAGACUCCUUGCCAACGCCUUGCUUGACAUAUCAAAUGAAUGGUUUAUCCUCCUCUCUGAAUCUUGCAUACCUCUAUACAAUUUCAGUGUCAUCUACCACUACAUAAAGAAAUCCAAAUAUAGUUUCAUUGGUGCAUUUGAUGACCCUGGGCCAUAUGGUAGAGGACGUUACAAUGAGAACAUGGCUCCUGAAGUGAAUAUCACCCAGUGGCGUAAGGGGUCCCAAUGGUUCGAAAUUAACCGAAGGCUUGCACUCAACAUAGUGGAAGAUAGUACAUAUUACCCGAAGUUUGAACAGUUCUGUAGACCGGCAUGUUAUGUUGAUGAGCAUUAUUUCCCCACCAUGUUAACAAUCCAGGCAUCAAAUCUCAUAGCAAAUAGAAGCAUCACAUGGGUAGACUGGUCGAGAGGUGGGGCUCAUCCUGCUACAUUUGGUAGAGCAGACAUUACAGAAGAGUUGUUCAAGAGAAUUUUCGAAGAUCAUCAGUGCAGGUACAACGAUCAGCCAUCUUUGGUCUGUUUUCUUUUUGCCAGAAAAUUUGCACCAAGCGCAUUGGAGCCUUUGUUACAGAUAGCACCAAAGAUUUUGGGCUUCGGACUUUCUGAGUGAUGAAUGAACAUAAACCUUGCCACUGCCAGAUUUAGAUCCUGAAACAAAAUUUGAAGUGGAGAUGAGUCCAUGAGAGACUAUGGGAGCAUGCCAGGUCCAUUCUUUGAUCUCAUACAUAAAUGGGUCCUCUUUUUCCUUUCUUUCUUUUAUAAAAUUUAACCCUCGUCGGUGAUACGGUGUGGUUUUCUUACUUUGUACACUCUCCUAACUCUUUGGCACUCCCAACCCAAAAAACCAUUCUGUAUGUACAGAAAAUUCACAUUUUUGUAUUGAGGUUGAGAAUACUACUGUAUCAGGAUAUUUAGAUAGCACCAGUGUUUUUGUUUUG